CCGUAUCCACCAUCACCUAUCUAAUCGUGUCAACAAAUAGGGCAGGAAAAUAUUUCACGUAAACUUUUUUGUAAUUUACAUUAGGGGCACGAUCUUCCGUCUACAUGCAGGCCCAUAUGGAUAAUUGUAUUUUUUGUGAUAUCAUAAGUAACAAGGCACCGAGUGAAAAGAUAUACGAGGACGAUCACGUGACAUGUAUCAAAGAUACUAAUCCAGCUUCGACACAUCAUUAUUUAAUACUGCCAAAUAAACAUAUACGUAAUGCGAAAGAAAUUAAACCAGAAGAUGUUGAACUUUAUGACAGAAUCGUCGCAACGGUGGAUAUUAUUUUGGAAAAGCUGGGUUUAGAUGCUGCAGCAACGCGUACCGGAUUUCAUUGGCCACCGUUUAAUACGGUGCACCAUUUACAUUUGCAUGUUAUCUCUCCAAUAAGUAAUAUGAACCUGGUUAAAAGACUUAUGUUUGCACCCAAUACUUAUUGGUUUGUGAGUAUGGAUUAUGUAAAAUCUCAAAUCAGUGAUCCUUUUGAAAUAGUCGUAGGAACGUACGAGCAAUAUUUACUCGGUUUUAAAGUGAACAAUAUCGUUAAUGAAUACAAAAUGGAAAAAACAUUCGCUACACAUGGUCAUUACAAUAGUAUACGCAGCGUUACCAGUAACAAACACUACUUAGCUUCAGGCGGAGCGGACGAUUUCAUUUAUUUAUACGAUUUGCGUUACAGAAUAGAAUGUGCUAGAUUAAUGCAUCAUAACGGUACUGUUAAUUGUGUCGCGUUUAGCCCCGAAACGUCUCAUCUUUUCACGUGCAGUAACGACGGAAGUAUAGCUGCGGUUCGUUGUGGCAGUUGGCAACUGGAAAAACAUUGGUUGAAACCGCACAAAGGAUUAGCUGUGAAUACUUUGGCCAUUCAUCCGACGGGGAAAAUAGCGCUAUCCACAGGAGCGGACGGUGUACUUCGAACUUGGAAUUUGGUUAAAGGAAGACAAGCAUUUGCCACGAAUUUAGUACCAAGAUUACAAUUAGACGCUAAGAACGUGAACAUUCUUAAAUGGAGCCCAAGCGGAGAAAAGUAUUUACUGGCUGUGAACCAAAGAAUAGAUGUAUACUCGGUAAAAUUAGCAGGAAUCGAUAGCGAGAUUAAAUUCGAUUCGAAGAUCGUUUGCGUGGAGUUCUUGAAGGAUGAUUUAAUCGCGGUUGGUUUGGAGAAUGGCCAGAUCAAGUUAUACGAUCUCGACAAAUCUGUACAAACCGUGGAAACGAUCGCACAUGAUGUUAGAGUAAAAUGUAUGGCUUUUAAGGACGAUUUGUUGGUUACCGCGUCCAGUUCCGGUGAAAUUAAGCUAUGGAGAUACAGCAAAUACUCAUUGGACAUGUUAGAAAGUGUUAACAUUGGCGCUCGAAUUACCUGUCUCUCAGUCACGAUGCAAUACAAUAAUCUGAGAUCUGAAAUAGAAGAGCCACCGGAAGAGGUACCUGAGGAGAUCAAGAGAGAAAUAAAAUUCAGACUGAAGCAGGAAGUGGUCGUCGAAAAGGAAGGUGAUUGGGAAGUGACUCCGAUCGAUAUUCCUAGCAAGCCGAAGAAAUUGAAGAAAAAGAGAAAUAUAGAAGAGGUUCAGGGUUCAACUAUUCCAGAUCGAAAGAAAAAGAAAAGGGAGGGCGAUGCUAUCGUCGAUGUCAUUCCCAUGAAGCAGAAGAAGAAGAAAAAGAUGAAGAGAAAGAAAGAGGAGAAGGAAUCUUUGAACAUAAAUAACGAAGAAAAUAAGGAUAAGAAUGAGACUAAAAAUAAAAAAAAAAAGAAGCACUUGACACAAUUGGAAGAGAAUAAUAACAUACUUAUGAAUAAAGCGAAAAAAUUGAAUAAAAAGAUUUUGAGUGCGGAUACCAGGAGGAAAAAGGAAAGAAAGGUCGUUGAAGAAACCGGAGCGAUUCUAAGGAAAAAGAAGAAGAAGAAACAAUGA